AGUGUCCAGCUAACCAGAGCGUUCUUAUUCUUUGUCAAAAAUGUCUUUGAUAGUCGAGAACGAGAUCCAGUGGCUGACGGAAAUCAUCUUGCCAAAGAUUUUGCGCAAUGGAAAACUUUUCGAUGACAACAGCGAGUCCCUGGCUAAAACAUUCGAAGUGAAGGGUGUGCAAAUCAAUGUAAUUGGCGCCGAUGAGGCAUAUAUGUUGACCUUGUGCUAUAGAGCUACGAUCGAGCUGAAAUAUGCCGGACAGCAGCUGCAGAGGAAGCUAGUAGUUAAGAAAACUCCCAAGUUAUCGGCCGAGCUAUACGAUGUGAUACAAUUUGAUAAUCUCUUCAACAAUGAAGUUAUCUUCUACACGGAGAUACUGCCUGUUAUACAGGAGCAGAGCCAAGGCAAAUUUGCUGCACCCAAAUAUUAUUAUAGCGAGAUCAAAGCGGAUGCUGCGCUGAUCAUUUUAGGUGACUUUGCAUCCGACGGCUGGAGUGUGACCAAAGACCUAUUUGGCUUGAGUCUGGAGCAUGCGCGCAUAGCAGUUAAAUACCUGGGCACAUUUCAUGGCUUUGGCUUUGCCAUGAAACACACGGAGCCGCAGCGUUUCCAGCAACUCGCGGCCAAGCUGAGGGAAGCGCGUUUUGCCAAGGAGACGAUCAGCCCCGAAUGGGCAUUGAAGCACAAAGUUAGUCUGAAGCGAGCUGAAAGAGUGGCAGCUUUAUAUCAGCCACAAGUGGAUAAGGAAUUCAUUAGAAGAUUCCAGCAACUCGUUUACAGUUAUAUAGGCUAUGGACGUCAACGUGUGGCACCCCGGGAGCCGCUCUCCACACUCUGCCACGGCGACUACCUGAGGAACAACGUGGCCUACAAGUAUGAUACGGACAACAGUGGAACUCCUUUGGAUAUUAUGAUGUUCGACUAUCAGACAAUGCGUGUGUCCUCGCCCAUGAUCGAUCUGUCCGUCUUUCUGGCUUUAUCCCUGCUCGCUGAAGUACGCUAUGCAAAUUUUGACACUCUCUUUGAUGACUAUUGCAACGCGUUGUCUGAGAGCUAUAGAACACGUACAAGUCAGCCAUUGCCGGAGUUCUUAGGUCGUGAGAGUUUACUGAGAGAAUAUAUUCAGUUUUUGCCCUAUGCCAUUCAUAUAACAUCCUACUUCUUGAUGUCGCUCGUGGCUCCACCUCUAAUCUCGCCAGCAGACGGGUUUGAGGCUGAGAUCUCGCCUAAGGAAAUCAUACAGACAGCAGCGGAGCAAGGCGGUGAAUUGGUGGAUCGUGAAAUAGCUCAUCAACUAAAGGAACUAUACGAACUAAGCCAUUUGCACAAUGUCCAAAUAGAAGAGAACAUUGAUACAUCAAAAUGGGCUCAAGAGGCUGCCAAAUUUAUUAACCACACAACAGAGCUGUACGAAAGUGAUUGAAUGUCCACAAAUGAUAUUAAACUUUGUAAUUGCAUUCACAUAGCUGACACUACAUACAAAUUGUAUUAUCUUAUCGCGCCUAGGUGGGAGGUAUG